CCUUUUCCUGCACCCAUAGCAUCCUCGGUACCUUUGUAUCAGGCUUCUUCAGGUCAUGGCAGCUCCCAACUCCACCCCAACUCCAUCGAGGCUAUUACACGUAGAAGCCAUGCAGACGGUGACACCGGGAAGGAUGGCGGAGGCCGGGCAGUCGCGCCGGAUCUCCGUUGCCUCUCCGCUUCGGCCUGAGAUUCUACAAAGCCGCCUUCGAAUCAUUCUUUACUAUAAGAAAGCCGGGGAGGAGGAGUCGGCAUCGGCAGCGGUCGUGGCGGCGUGGAUCAAGGAGACACUGAGUGCGGCAAUAGCGGAUGAGCCGCUGCUCGCCGGCAGGCUUCGAAGGGACGAUGAAGGCGAUGGCUGCUGGGAGAUCAAGUUCAAUGACUCGGGAGUGAGGUUGGUGCAGGCCUCGGCGGAGAUGACCAUGUCGGAGUUCUUGGGCUCAACGGAGAGGGAUAGUAGGGAGGGUCAGCUGGCCUAUUGGGUGGACGUCGACAAGGAGAAUCCUCAGUACUCGGCACUGUUUUACAUUCAGGUGACCCAAUUCCAGGGUGAUGGAUACUCCAUCGGAAUCAGCUGUAGCCUCUUCCUGGCGGAUCCUCUGUUCUUAGCGCGGUUCCUCAAGUCCUGGGCCCAAACCCACACCCAAAUGCUUGCCCAAGGCCAACUUUCCACGAACCCCAUUUUUCAUUUGGGCUACUUCCAAAGACCUGGCCGGCCAAACCGCAUCAAGUCUACUCCACUUGACUCCAUUCCGGUGAGCCCCGCCUCCACCACCACCAUGCUCUUCAAGGUGGGUCGAGCUCGAGACCAAGGCUCGCCAUCUUGCAAUGAGCUUGCUAUCCUCUGCCUCAAAGAGGCUACGCAAAGGAUGGAGGGCAAGGACAUCUCUAAUUUUACCCUCAUCAUUAACGAUCACGCAGGCGACCUAAAGGUUGAAUCUUGCAGCACAAAGGGGUCGACUCAACUCAGCAAGCCCUUCAAUGGUGCAAUCAGUGUAGUAUGGUGGGACGAGCUUGGCAUCGAAGAAAUGGCUUUUAAUCAAGGAAAUUUGCCCAUCCACGUGUCCUAUCGUGUCGUGUCAUGCGCCGAUGAAGGGCAUGUGAUGGUGAUGCUACCCUCGGACGAGGAAGAUUCUUCGGAUUUGAUGAUCAGCGCAAUAAUCCCGAAGAAAAUUUAGGGUUGUGAUAUGUUGCUUCAUUAUGUCAACACUUUGUCAAUGUUGCAUGCUUUGUGUUAGAAGUGUUUGGGGGUAUUAGUUGAUGGGGAGUUGGCUAUGUGUAACUAUAUAUUUAUCCUGAUAAAGAUAUCUUUGAUCUUUUGGAUGUGUAUAUGAUCUUGGUCCCUUAUUGGGAACCUUUUGUUAAUAUUUCAACAAACCAUACUUUGAUUGGGUGUA